AUGAUACGACGCUCGCCUCCUAAUGCUCCGGCAUCACCCCACUACACAUCGGAACCGAAUUUAACAUCGUGCCCCAAUAAUGAAAACUUAAACAUAACGCAAAGGAAAAGAAAACGUGAGUCGGAUGAAUUAGGACGAAUGGAAAAAAUGAUGAUGGAUAUGAAAACCAUGUUUGAGGAGUUCGUAUCGAACCAAACUCAACAAAACAAUAAAAUAGAUACCCUGCAAAUGGCAAUCGAAGAAAUUCGAACUCAAAACGCAAAAAUCGCUAUUCAAAACUCAGAAAUCCGUACUCAAAACGAAGAAAUCCAAAAAACCAUGUCAUUUUUGUCUGACAAAUAUGAUGAGGCGGUGCUUGAGAUUAAUAAUUUAAAAGCAGAGUGUAACAAAAAUCAGCAGAUUAUAAAAACAUUAGAAAAUAAGGUAGACUUUUUGGAAAAAAAUUUGAGAGCAGCAUCACUUGAAAUAAAAAAUGUACCAUUACAGUGUCCUGAAACCCGUGAAACCCUAAUAAGCACAAUCCAAAAACUUGGCAAUAUUAUUAAUCAUCCCGUACUAGAACAGGAUAUUGCAAAUAUUUUUCGUUUGAAGAGUAAGAAGGAAUCAGUGGGUACAGUUAUUGUGGAAUUCUCGUCAGCGGCAGCAAAGCAACUAUUUUUGAAGUCAACUAAAAUCUAUAAUAAACAGAACAAGGAAAACCGUCUUAACACAACCCACUUACAAGAAAAAGGACCUAAGCACUUCUUAUACGUCUCUGAAGUGCUCACCGCCAUGACAAAGCGACUCUACUACCUUGCAAGAGAGUUUAUUAAGAGUAGUGAAUACGAGCAAUGUUGGACAGCCAACGGUAAGGUGUACAUACGCAAAAAGGAAGGGAUGCCCAGCCGACUUAUCAAGACAGAAGAUGAUCUAGCACAACUACGAAGACAAAAGUGA